AUAGUAUGGAAUUUUCACUGAUCAAAUUUUCGAGCAUUAUGGAAGCAACAGACAACUUUUCUUCUACUAACAAGCUUGGUCAGGGUGGCUUUGGUUCUGUUUAUAAGUGCUAUCUUUCAUCAGGCGAAUCUAUGGCAGUUAAACGACUGGAUGCAUUUUUUGGUCAAGGACUGGAGGAAUUUAUGAAUGAAAUAAAGCUUAUUGCCAAGCUUCAACAUCAAAAUCUUGUUAAGCUUUUGGGUUGUUGCAUUGAAGGAGAUGAGAAGUUACUCAUUUAUGAAUACAUGCCUAACAAAAGCUUGGAUUAUCAUCUUUUUGAUCAAAGUAGAAAAGAACAACUAGAUUGGUCAAAGCGAUUUGCCAUAAUUGAUGGGAUUGCUCAAGGUCUUCUUUACCAUCACAAAUACUCUCGAGUUCGAAUUAUCCAUAGAGAUUUAAAAGCUAGCAACAUUCUCCUGGAUCUCCAAAUGAACCCAAAAAUUUCAGAUUUUGGUUUGGCUCGAAUUCAUGCUAGCACAACACCAACAAACACAAAUAGGAUUGUUGGUACAUAUGGUUACAUGUCUCCCGAGUAUGCAAUGGAGGGCCUUUUCUCAGUCAAGUCUGAUGUCUUUAGCUUUGGGGUUUUAAUGCUAGAAAUCAUCAGUGGGAAGAGAAAUACUUCCUUUCAUAAGUAUGGGAAAGCUCUAAACCUGCUUGUACAUGCAUGGGAGCUAUGGAAAAAUGGAAAUUGGCUGGAUUUUGUUGAUCCAUCAUUAGGUGAUAAAAUCCCAUCAAAUGAGGUUUCAAAAUGUAUCAUUGUGGCACUUAUGUGUGGUCAAGAAAAAGCAGCAGAUCGACCUAUAAUGUCAGAAAUUAUUACCAUGCUUAGUAGUGAAAAUGCAAUUUUACAAGAUCCAAAGAAGCCUGCAUUCUUCACUACAGAACAUGAAGUGGCUUCCGAAUUAUUAAUAUAUGGUUCACAAAAUGAUAUCACUUUGACAGUUUUAAAAGGUCCAAUGCAUUGUCCUUCAUCUCUCAGGCACCGAAUGUCACCUCCCAACUCUCCUCUCUUCCUCUUCAGCCUCCUUACAAUAAUACUAUCCAUCACCGUUCAAACUUUUUCCCAGGGUGAUCAGAACAACCCUUUCAUCACCGACUGCCACGGCGAAAACUUCACCUCAUCAAGCCCCUAUGACUCCAACCUCCGCCUUCUUCUCCACGAACUCAUCAAAUCCACCCCCAACUCCCCCUCUUUCUUCUUCCUCAACAACUCCACUUCCCCUCAAAUCUUCGGCCUCGCGCAGUGCCGCCCUGACAUCACUCCCGCUGUCUGUUCCACUUGUCUCAACCAAUCCGUCGUGGCCUCCCUCAACAAUAAAGGCUGUGGACUUAAGAAAUCUUUCGCCAACCGUGCUGGAAACUGCCUCAUCCGCUACUCCGAUCAGACGUUCUACAACAGCUUGGAAGAGAAAUUGUUCGUUCAUUACUCCUAUACCGAUAACGCAUCUGCUUCCUUCAACAGCCGAGUGAAUAUCUUGAUGAAGAGAGUGAUGUCGUCGGCGGCGGCCGCGGUGUUGAAAUUUGCGGUGGGGGUUGCGAAUGAUUCGGUGGAUGCGCCGAAUAUCUAUGGGAUGGGAUGGUGCUCGUUGGAUUUGGCGAGCAGCGACUGUGCCCAAUGCCUUAGUAACGUUUUCGAUAGGAUUCCAGCUGGGAAGACUCAGGGUAGCGGGGCAUUUGCGAGCUGUCAUUUGAGAUUUGAAACAUAUCAGUUCUACUCAAACUCUACAUUGCUGCCAGCACCGGCGCCGGAGGCAGGAGCACCGACGCCGCAGGCAGGAGGAAAUAUAAGCACAAAUAAAAGGAGUAAAACAGUAGCAGUUGUUGCUGGGAUCUCUGGAGCUGUUGCACUGCUGCUUUUCUGUACAUUCUUCAUUCUUCUACUGCGACAAAGGAAAAGAAAAUUAUUAGCAUCAGAAAUCAGAUAUGCUGUGGAUGAGGAAGAAGUUCUGGAAAAAAAAUUUGAGGUUAAAAUGAUUGAUUUUUGUGCCAUAAAAAAUGCUACGAACAACUUUGCUAAGGAAAAUAAGCUUGGCGAAGGCGGAUUUGGGCCUGUUUACAAGGGAGUGCUCAUGAACGGGCAGGAAAUAGCAGUGAAAAGGUUAUCAACAACUUCACGGCAAGGACUCCAAGAAAUGAAAAACGAGAUUAAUUUCACUGCUAAGCUUCAGCACAAAAACCUCAUAAGGUUGUUGGGUUAUUGCCUGGAACAGGAGGAGAAGCUGCUUGUUUACGAAUUCCUCCCCAAUACAAGCCUUGACAAAUUCUUAUUUGAUCCCAUAAGGAGGAUACAAAUAGGCUGGGAAUCAAGGUUGAAGAUAAUAAUAGGGAUUGGGCGCGGUCUUCUUUAUCUUCAUGAAGAUUCCCGAUUGAGAAUUGUUCAUCGUGACCUGAAAGCAGCUAACAUCUUGCUUGACAGUGACAUGAACCCAAAGAUUUCAGAUUUUGGUCUUGCAAAACUUUUUGGGGUUGAUGAAACUGAAAGAAAUACAACUCGAGUUUGUGGCACAUUGGGAUACAUGGCACCUGAAUAUGCCUUGCAUGGAUUUUUCUCCACUAAAUCCGAUGUUUACAGCUUUGGAGUGCUGGUAUUGGAGAUCAUUACCGGGGAGAAAUGUACAGAAGCAUCAGAGCAAACUGUUAACCUUCUAAGCUAUGUUUGGAAGCGUUGGAAACAAGGGAAGGCAUUGGAAGUCAUUGAUAAGAGAAUUGGCAAGCGAUACUCAGCACAAGAAGCAUUGAGAGUCAUACAGAUAGCGUUACUAUGCGUGCAAGAACAGGCGACACAGAGGCCUAACAUGGCUUUUAUAAUCGCGAUGCUUUGUACUUCAUCCAUGAAGCUUCCAAUUCCACCAACACCAGCGUAUUAUAAUGGGAAAAGCAUCUCUGUUGAUUCAAAAGCAGUUGCCAGGAACACCAACCUUGCUUGGCCUCGGGUGGAAAGGCGAGCUUAAUUGUCUGAAAUCCAAAUUUGAAAUGAUGAGAUGGAAGGUAACCAUAUGUAUAUUGGUUUAUUGCAUUUUAUAGUGAUUAAAAUUAAUUUCACAAUAUAAUUGAUGAAUCAAUAACUUCAAUAGGA